UUCUCAUUCUUUCAUUUUAGUUUGUAACGAGUAGAACCCAAUCUGCGCGACGGGAGUUUUUUCAUAAAAAAAAACUAUUUUUUUCUUUUCCAAAUCGUCGACUGCAUUUCGUAACUGUGUUCCGGAGACUAUUAGCAAGUGACCAAACGCGAAAAGCAGGAGGAAGUGAAGAAAAAAUCGGGCUUAAUGUAGGUGCGAUAACGAGCUGUAGUGAAUCUGCGAAUCGUAGUAGCAGCAAGCUGUGCUCUAUCCGCAUCGGGUACGGAUCAUCGAUCGCCGUGCUGGCUAGCCGCUGGCUGGCAGAUACUGGCAAGCUAUGGAUAUCAUCGACGUCGAGGAGGUGCUCGGAGAUGACUCAUUCAUUUGCGACACGGAACGAUUGAAUGAUGAAGUGGUGGAAAUUUUCAAACAAUGGAACACACGGAGCACAACAACCUUCCCGUCUGGCAGUGGUGGUGCCGUUUUACCAGUACCGACACCAGCAGCCUCCAGCAGCAGCAGCAGUUUCAGUUCUAGCGGCCCCAAUCAUCACCACCAUCAUCUCCAGUACACCGGCAUCAGCCCUCACAAUGCUACCUUCAACAACAGCGACAGUAAAGGUUCAAAAUAUAUCGACACACGAACAUUUACGAGACCGAAGAAAAGACUGGACACGACAUUCAAUGCCUCCAAUGUUUCCGCAGAAAUCACGUCCUCCCUGCAAGAAACCCCCCUGAAAUCAGCCUCCCCGUUACUAAAUCUUCAAAUAGGUGGUUUGGUGACGAUGACCUCCGGUGGCAAUACCUCCCUCAACACCAGCCAGAUGAUGCAGAGAAGCUGGUUGAACGAUGUUUCGCCGCCCGGUUCCAUCAUGUCUUCAAUGGAGUUCUCCAUCAACGACAAGAUGGGCAGCAGUCUCAUUACCAGUGGGGAUUUUACCAACGUUAGCUACCUACUGAAUGCCAACGGAGGUGAUGAACCGCAGCAGCUGAACUCGCUCAGCAACUAUGAUGGUUACAAGUUGUCCGAUGUGAUAAAAGAUCGCAAAUUCCUGGAGAAUUUGUCGUGCUUUGAGGACAAUUCCAUGGCCAAAGAUCUGGCGAUUUCAAAGACGGAUUUAAACGGAAUCGAGGAGAAUCUGUCCGGAUUCAGUACGAUGCAGAAUUCGUUAGAGAGUGUGACAAAAAGUGCGGAAGGACGAUUGUCGGAUGUAACGAUGGUGCUCGAGAACGGGAAAUCGGAUGCAACUUUCGAGAUGGAGGCUAUAGAAGCAGCUCCAUCGGUGAAUGUGAAAAAGUUAAAUGGUACUUUCGAAAGGCGGCGCAAUUUCGAUACGUAUAGAAAACCAAAAUCUAGUCUAAACAGUACUUUUGAUGCUCUACCAAAAGUUGAAGCUGCAGAAACGAGGUUGGUUAGAAAUGGAACGUUUGACGCUGGUAGUAACGAUAAACCUUUAGAUGAGACUUUUGGUUUGGCGGAUAAUUGCAACGAUACGUUUUCGUUCAAUCGAACCGCUAAAAUUAAUGGAGAUGAGAGGCAACUGAAUCAAACUUAUGAGUACUGCGAAAAGAAUUCCCCAAAUGUUGCUCUAUUGAAUAAGACCUUCGAAAGGCCCCGAAAUGGGACGUACAUCGAGAAUGAAAAUGCUAGUCCGAAUCCAAUUAGUAGUGUUGGUAACAGCACUCCUAAUGGGACUUUUGAGGUGCCAGCGAAAAACGAGAGCAGCAGGGAUUCGAUGGGUUUAGCUCAGUCGACUCCGUUUGUACAAGUGCCUAGAGCAAAGCGUAUUAGUGAUAUAAGUCAGUACGAAGUGAACGUUUCGCCAAUCUCCGCCGUACGCGGCGGCGGUGGAAGGAGAUCUGAAGGAGCCAAACUUAGUCGCAAUCUAGAAAGCGAAAUCGCUCUGGAAACCGAUGACUUCGAUGUGGAGUUCCGUAGACUUCCGGGUACUCCAAAUUCAAAGACUGAAAACGGUUCGCAUCUGUUGGAAAACGAGAAGCGAAUAUCUCUGCAGCAGUUUGAGGAGUUUGAAAAGUCCGUUAUGGAGAGCGAACAAAAUGGUGUAGAUUUUGACGAAAUGCUCAACUCCCUCACGGAUGUGAAACGCUCGAUGGACAGUGUCAAAUUGCGCCAAUCAUUGGACAGUAUCAAAAGACGUCAUUCGCGUAUCAAUUCAGAGAAACAACAGGACGAGCUGCGAAGACGAGGUGAAAUGAAUGAUUCUUUAUCCUCUCCUAUGGACAAUAAACUGGCAGAUUCUAUGAUAAAGAGUAUGUCCUCAUCCAGUGGGAGCGAGCGAUUGCUGAAUCGUAGGAGUCGAUACAACGAUGAUGUUCACCUAACUUUGUCCCCUCAAGCACAGUCUACUGUGCAACCGAGCAAGAGUAUAGAUGCAUCUCUACAAGAAUCCGAUCAGCAAACGAACGAACCAAAACCGACGGAGAGCGUAGAUCCGCUUCCUACAUCCAAUGAGGUAGGAGGUAGUGAUAGGAAAAACCGCGAUCGAUUCAAAACUAUACGAAUCAAUAAAAGACGAGAAGAAGGAAUGGUCAUUGUACCGGGUCCAGAGGAAGUGGAUGAUAACAGUCUGUCUGAAUCGGCUACUCUUCCGAUGGAGGAAGAGUUGCCCGGUUCGCCUGCAGCAGCUAACAGUAGUGCCUUUAGCCGUGUGGAUUACAAUUCACCGAAAGAAUCGCGACUUUCUUCCGCCACUAGCAAUGAACAGAAUAAGACUGAAGAAGCGGUCUUCAAACGACCACAGGGUAUCCCAAAACCAGACAGCAAAGUGCGAUCAUUAUCCAAACCUCGAUAUUACGGUGCUCCUGGAAGUGGCAUUGGGCUGGCCAAAAAAGAGCUAACUCUUCCGCUGAAGUCGAGCUCGACCGAUUGUUUGGAAAAUGAUCGACCAAGUUACCAACAGAUGCAGCGGCAGCAGUCUCCCUCUCAGCUGCAGCGAUUAUCGUUGGGUGGUAACAGGCUUGAAAGUGGUCGGAAAAUUGGCGCAGCAGGUUCGGUGCAGUCGAACCUAAAAUCGCCGAUGGGCACCAAAUCAAAGUCGUAUCACAAUCUGUAUUACAACCAAAGCAACAACCACGGUGGAUCGAAUAGUAAUCUGAACCGGAUUCCCACUCCGCUAGGGUUGUCCGCGCAGAAACUUUCGCACAAUAAUAGCAAUACUGAG